GUCGAUGCUUGAGAGAAGAACGUCGAUUCAAUAAUACGAAUUUCAUCUGAAACGAUACUUAUUACCUUCUAUCGGCGGUAUCUUCUCCUCCCUGUUUAACCGAAAAGUGGGAACUGGUGACCAGGAAGUGCCGAGGAGAAUAUGCCAAAGAAUCGAAAUGGGAGGACUUCGACUACUCCAAAUGCCUUCGGUCUAACCAGUUUUCAGCCAAUCCGCCCCCUCGCCGAUGCGUGCCGGGAUACGACGUCUGGAAUUUCGAUCUGUGUGUGCGACAAUACCAAGAGGAAUUAAACUGGUCGGAUGCGGUCGGAGAAUGCGGCAAAAACGGCGGAUACUUAUUUUCUCCCCGCAUCGACGCUAGUAAUCGGGUGGAGGAUUUCGACUUCUUUUUCGAACCGGGUGAAUAUAAAUUGCGGGAAUUCGUCCGCACAAAAAUUGUAAAUUUCGCGGGGAAAAGUAAACUGGUGUCAUUUCCUCAGGAACGACAAAUGAACUAUGGUUGGGAGGACGCCGAAAUGCCGGCCAGUUUCAGUGGAUGGCGUUUUAUCCAGAAACCAUAAACGCAAGCGGCGCCACAAAAUUUCGUUGGGAGAAAGGACAACCCGCGCCGGGCAACGACUGUCUGAGCGGAGUAAUUGGCCGGCAAGAAAUUCUUCUGUACAGCCGACGGUGCCGGGAGAAACGGCCUUUCUGGUGCAUGCAUAAAGCGUUCGGUGCAAAACAGUUACCCUCUAAUUGUCCCGACGGUUGGAAAAGCUUGCCUUGGCUGCGGAAGUGUUACCAGCAGACGGAAAAAAAAUGAAUUGGAGGCGAUGGCGAGAGUAUUGCGGAGAACGAGGAGGAAAAUUGGCCACCCUCGAGCUCCCCGAAGUCAAUACCUUGGUUAAAAGUUUAAUAUUGGAGCGUAACCAUACAAAUUACGGCUGGUGGAUCGGACUUCGGAGAUCGGACGAAGGAUUCAUUUGGGAGGACGAAGGCGAAACCGUUCGGUACGUGGAUUGGGGGGCGGAUACGGAUUUCGGACCGAAUUACACGGCCGGAUUAGUGAAGAUCGUAAGAUACCGCAUUUUCUGGUCUCUGGACGAUCCAGAAAAAGAUUACUUUGGCAUCUGCGAAUCGACGGUCGAAGAUUCUAGAGUUUCCUGCGAAAUAAUCGUUGUUUCCGAAGGUGUAUUCAAAUGCCUUUGUAGUAAAAGUUAUUACAAAAGUGUCACGUGGUAUAAAGAUGGCGUUAUCGUCAAUGGAACGAGAGGAUUGACUACCGGCGGCGACGAAUAUUUAACCGUACGAAAUUUACUUUCUACAAAUACGAGCUUAGCCCGGGGUCGACUCCAGGGCUAUUAUUGGUGCCGGGUGGAUCAGAAGCGACCUUUCGUCUCCGUCGCUUCGCCCCGGAUACUUUUCACCUUCAAAGACGUGUGGACGUUCGUCGGCGAGUUCGAUUCUUCUACGGACUUUCUUCGAUUAGAUCCGAGCACGGAGGAAUAUUUUAUUCGAUGUCGGAACAUCGGCGAAAAGAUCGAAAAAGCUUUAACUUCCGUCCGACAGACUGCCGUACACGUACAUCGACUAUCGGAGACAAAGGGUAAAAUAAAAGUAAACUUUUUCAUCUACACGCGCUCUUCGAGUAAGAAGAGAGAAACAAAAGUGGACGAAAAUAAAGAGAAGUUAUUAAACGAACUGCAGAACCGAAUGACCCGUAGUUCCGGUUUAUUAUCGGAAUUGAAAAUAUCGCCGGAAAGUAUUCGAAUAAAAAAUACAGACGGUUGCUUUUCGACGACAACGGAGGUGGGCGACAGAAACGUAACUUGGCCUAGAAAAAAUUUCGGUGAAAUCGCUUUACCCCUAGAAGACUGCGUGACCGACAGAGGCGAUCCCGUGGUUAGAAGGUGCUUGGGAAAUUUCACUUACGGCGCUUAUUGGGGUCCCGUGGACGGAAAAUGCCGGGGAGAACUCUCCGUCCUCACUCUACAAUUGAAAGAAUUAUCUACGAGCGAUGAAGUAAACGUUACCAAAGAGUUAAGUAAUUUAGUAAACGAGUGGCCUCGAAUUCGAGCAAUCGACAUUCACUACGUGGCUACUUGCUUGGAGAAAGUUUCCACCAAACCAAAUUUCCAAAAUCCACAAGAAUCGUUCGAAGAAAUCGCCUCGACCAUCGACAAUUUAAUGAAGAUGGACUCUUCCGUUUUGGCCUCGGCAAAUACGAAAACCAACGCUUCUUCCAGAAUUACAGCUUCGCUGGAGAGUAUGCUAGAGGCCAAUAACGUUUUUAUAAAUACAAGUAACGAAAAUAUAAUUAUUGCUUCUCACCCGCUGACCUCGGAAAAUGUGGAGGUCGGAAUAUUUCUACCCCUGGAUACAAACCGGGUGAAGAGUUUACACCAGGAUACAUUAUUAAAUGACGAAUAUAGAGUAAGAAUACGUCUCCCUCCGGACGUGUCGAAAGAGAAAGCUUCGUCUAACGCCACUUUUAAUUACGUCGUAUACGAGAACGAUGCCAUGUUCUUCACCCACCGCACCGAUCGAGCCGUAGUCAGUGACGUUCUGUACGCCCGACCGACCGGAGCUCCCGUUCGUUUGCCUGCCAAAAGAAUAGAAAUCGCAUUUCGAGUGUUCACGGUUCCCGGUCAAAUACCCCGCAGUUCGAGGUGCGUUUUUUGGGAUUAUUCCGCCAACCGUAAAAUGGGAGAUUGGUCCGAUCUGGGUUGCGAAAUAACAAACCGAACCGCCCGUCGAGUGGUAUGUCAUUGCGAUCACAUGACUAACUUCGCCGUUUUGGUGAAUUUACAUCCGGAUUACGUGGAGCGAAAGAUACACGCCGUAGUCUUGGAUAUUUUCACCUACGUGGGGUGCGCGCUUUCCAUAAUGGGGCUCGUAUUAACACUAAGCAGUUUCGUGAUGUUCAAAAAACUGAGAAAAGGAGUGGUGAGCAAGGUUCUGUGCAAUUUGGCAUCGGCCAUAUUGUUAAGUCUGAUCGUUUUCGUUUCGGGAAUCGAUCAAAUCUCGUCCAAGAGGGGGUGUAUAUUUGCGGCCGCUCUCUUGCAUUAUUCGUUGAUGGCCUCGUUCUGUUGGAUGUUGAUAGAGGCCUUGCAGCAAUAUCUGAAACUAGUCAAGGUGCUGGAUACUUACAUCCCCAAAUUUAUGCUCAAAGCAUCCGUUUUUGCCUGGGGAACUCCUUUACUCAUCGUGGCCGUAAUAAUGUCCGUCGAUUAUAAAUUGUACCACGGAGGAAAAAAUUAUUAUUGGCUUCAAAUAGGAGCAUUCUAUUAAGGAUUCCUCUUGCCGGUGGGAAUAGUUAUGCUGGUCAACUUGGUGGUAUUCUGUUUGGUCUUUUAUUCCGUCGCCUGGGCGAAAAAGCCGAAGCUGAAGACGGAUGACAAGAAACUGGUUUUGGUACGGGUAAGGGCGGCAGUUUGCAUUUUAACCCUUUUAGGACUGUCGUGGACGUUGGGUUUCUUCGCCAUAAGCAGCGCGAAAUUAGUGUUUAAAUAUCUGUUCACCAUUUUCGUCACUCUUCAGGGAUUCGUCAUCUUUCUGCUUCAAAUCGUCUGCAACAAAAGUGCCAGAGAUUUAUGGAUAAAGCAUUUUCGACGAAAACGCUCUGUCGGCGUAGAAGAUUCUGUCAUGUUCAGUAUUAUCAGGAAAAACAAUCGAUAACAAUUUCUUUAAAUCUAUUUUACUGUAUUAAAACGUGUUUUGAGAUUGUGUAUUUCGCAGUAUUUUUAACUUUUCAUUAAUGUUUGAGAAGGACGUAUUUUCUAAACGGGUUUCAUACGCACCGGAUGGGUGGUCGGCGGCCUGCGAUCGGCUCGUAAGAAAUCUUUGCGUUGUAUCCGAUUUCUGCGUAAUAUAUACCGAGUUUAUUAUAAUUUGCGAUAAAAUUUAGUGGCGUAACAUGUAAAUAUCGCUCGGUUUACGUGUAAAGCCAUAAAUAGACGAGUAAAUUUACCCGUUACACUUUUAUACGAAUCCGAAAUUAUAGAAAUGUAAACCAACCUCCUCGUCACCUUUCUCAAACACGUUCAUUAAAAGUUAUUGCAUUUAAU